AUGUCAUACCGUGAGUCGCGUGACUAUAAACAUCGCUCACGAAGUCCUCGAAGGGAUCGAAGACCUGACAAACGUUCGCGAUCCCCUGCAUUUUCUCUCCUCAAGCACCGUAUUGAGCGCCAGCAUUCGGAUCAUCACAUCAGCGCAGGCCCUCGUCCGGGGGUACUGCUACCAUUUCGUGCACGGAUGAUUGUCCAACAUGACUUGACAGAGUACAAGCCUCUCUUUGGGCUUUAUCUUGAUAUACAGAAGCAUAAGUUUAUGGAAGAGAUGCCAGAGCAUGAGGUAAAGGGGCGCUGGAAAAGCUUUCUCGGUAAAUGGAAUCGUGGUGAACUAGCUGAGGGAUGGUACGAUCCUCUUACUUUGCAAAAAGCCAAAGCGUCUGCGAAUCAACCCGAAGGAGCUGCCCCACCUGAGCCUACAGUCGGGGAGAAACUUUUUGAUGCGGAUCGACAAGAGCAUGCACAUGCAAGUGACGAUGAAGAGCUUGGACCGGCCUUACCCAAUGCUCUAGCCUACACACAGGACCGAGGCACAAAAUUGGGACCUGCAAUCCCAAACUCCCAGGAUCUAAUUUUGCAACGUGAGCUUGUGCAAGAGGACGCCGAAAACCAACGCAACGACCUUCGAUAUGAGCGCAAGCUUGAUCGUAGAGAACAGAAAGAGCGCCAGGACGAGCUCGUUCCGCGGGCAGAUUCUGAUACAAAAGGCCGCAUGCUAGAAAAGAAAAAGGAGAAAGCUGCUUCGAAUCGGGACUUUGCUGCUGGGAAGACUGAAGCGGGUGGGAUGGCUGAGCUGCCUGACAGUGAUUUGCUAGGUGAUGCCGAGGAUGGGGUUGAGGGGCUCAAAAGAAGGAAAGCCGAGAUGCAGAACAAGAAGUCGGAACGGGAGCUGAGGAAAGAAGAAGCAUUGAGGCUUCGAGCCGAAGAAAGAGAGGAGCGUAUCAGGGCAUACAGAGAAAAGGAGGCCAGGACAAUGAGUGGGCUUGUGGCUUUGGCCAAAGCGAAAUUUGGGUGA